AUGUUUGAAUUUAAUCGGGUGCAACAGUCUUCAGCAAUUCCGGCGUAUUCCGACAAGAUUGAUCUGCCGGAGUCCGUGCUGAGCGAGCUUGUCUCUCAGCGCGAGAGUUUGCCGCAUCCCAUGGUUUUUAAGAUCGCCACCGCCUCCCAGAUAUGUUAUGCGGGCGUUCGGGAGUUCAGCGCUCCAGAGGGCACGGUUUUGGUGUCGGGCAGUCUGUUCAGUACGUUGCAGAUCGAUCUGUCGCCGACUGUUCAACUGGAACUGGUCGAGUUGCCCAAGGGCACCGAUCUGAGCAUCAAGCCGCUCAAGCUGUACCAUGAGAUCUCCGACUGGAAAUGGUUUUUGGAGGCCAAGCUGACGAAAUACUACUGCACAUUAACGCGAGGACAACUGUUGAAGCUCGAGGACGACUUUGGGUCGUUCGAGCUGCUGGUAGAGACUCUGGAGCCCGCACAGACGGUAUGCAUCAUAGACACAGAUAUCAACUUGGAUGUUGUUCCGCUCAACGACGCCAUGGCCCACCAGCUUGCAGAGAAACAUGAGCCGGACGUCCUGACCAUGGGAAACAGCGUUCAGAUCGACGGACUGCUGAAAAUAGACCCGCAGAGCAACGAGUCGUUUGUUUUGGAGGCAGACACAGAUUUCGUGGUGAGCAACAUGGCCAAUGUUUCCGAGACAAAUUUCAUCUGGCAUACACUCAAUGGCAACAACAAACUGGUGAUCAAAAACACGUAUCCGUACUUUGACAGUCCGUUGUAUCUGUUGCCGUUUGGAUCAACACUGGUGACGAUGUCUCCGUUGGAAGCAGAACAGCUUAAAACUCCAAGCUCCAACGUGUGUUCCAACUGUGGGGCCCCCGUGGCAGCAGCGUCCAAACUUAUGCACGAGAACUUCUGUUUCCGCAACAACGUCAAGUGUCCGCACGGGUGUGGCGAGGUGUUCUUGCGCAAGAUCCCCGAGUCCCAUUGGCAUUGCUGCAACGCGUACGGCGAUGACCAGAGUUCCUUCGAUAGACACAGAAAAUACUACCAUAGCCCAGUGACUGUCAACUGCACCAAGUGCUCUUACCAGGUGUCGGAAAAGCUGGUCGACCAUUGCACACACUCCGCGACAACUUGUCCGUACGCUCUGCACGAGUGUAAGUUCUGUCACCUGAUCGUUCCAAGACAGGAGGCAUCCACAGACGCUCUGAUCUCGGGACUGUCGCAGCACGAACUCGAGUGCGGGUCCAAAACCACACAGUGUCCUCGGUGCCAGCGGUCUGUCAGACUACGGGACUUGGAAUCGCACAUGAAGCUACACGAGCUCAAUAGGGUCUCGAAACCUACUCCACUGAUCUGCUCCAACGUGAAUUGCAUUCGCGAGCCAUCAACGUCGUCAAACAGCUUAAACCUGUGCGACUUCUGUUUCGGACCGCUGUACUCGAACGUCAACGACCCGUCUGGACAGAAACUGCGCAGCCGCAUCGAAAGACGGUAUAUUCUACAAUUAAACACCGGCUGCGGAAACACCUGGUGCAAAAACAAGGAAUGUAAGUCGAGCGGAAUGGCCGCUUUUCAAAACUUUGUUGACAUUCUAAAACACGUUAAACAGCAGCUCAUGGAAAGCUCUCAAUAUUAUUUCUGUGUGGACCUUGCUACCGUGAAGAAAACAAUGCUCGUGGAUAUGCUGGCAGACGAACAUCAGUACGACCGUGCUUGGAUAUGCAAGAGCGUCCAGGCAACAGACAAUGUGCAAAAUGCAAGAAACUGGUUGGCUGACCAUGCAGUGAAACUCGAUGAGGCAUGA